UAUCGCGCAAAUGUCAUGGCGGCCUUCCACGCCUGUGUUCGGUUCCAACAGGUAAUUUGCAGUUUUUACUAAAAAAUCUUUCGAAAAGCUGAGGUCAUAUGCUGUACAGGGAAACACAGUAUUUUGGCACUAGUAACGCCUUAAUUUCAGAUAACAACUAACCCGGUAAACAUCAGAACUCGCAAUCCUUCGAAUCACCCUUUUGAUACGUCGCAAAGAGCAACAUGGACGCACGUGAACUUCCAGCAGAAGAUACCGUGGAGUAUUUAGUCACCGAAGCGAAGGACUAUUGUUUAACUCAUGGCCUAGUCAUGCAAUCCAAGGAAUCGUACUUUACGGUAGAACAUGCACCAUUUACUCUUCUUCCUACUGCUUUUCCGAAGCGAAGGUUCCUUCAAGCCAAAGAGGUACAGAAGGACUUUAAUGUGUUGGUCUAUCGAGUAAGUCAGGAUCAUGAAUUUCUAAAGGAAGCUUUGAGCGGGUAAGGAAUAAGACAAUCUUUUCAAGCAUAAGAUAAAUCAAACAGUUGUCGCAGCCUUUUGAGUGGUUCGUGAUGGGACUCGAUAAGAGCCAUUUCAUUUAAUAUUUGUUUGUUUCUUUUAUUUGCCCCUUCAGGAAAGGGGUUUAACAGCACUCUAGCUUCAUCCGGAAAACUUUAUCCACCAACUUGAUAUCAAUGAUUCAACUAGCCUACCUAGCAAGUGUUUUCGUGUGGUUUCAGAGCAGAGAAUGAGGAAUGAGAGUCUAAGGGGGUGUUUACAUGAUGUCAGGGCGACUUUUGCCCGGGUGCGAGUUCACCUCCGGUUCCCUCUCAUGACUCUAUAUUUGUUUAGGUGAUACCAUCACAAAAUGUCAUGCCGGCAUGAGUCAACCCGGCAUGGGUUCACCCCGGUUGUUGUACGGGGGCAAGAAUUUCUUGCAACGGUAUCGUGUAAACGAGAAUGGACCACCCGUUUCUGUGUGAAAUUGGUCUGCCGGUGGACUGGAAUGGGUAGUGCAUGCGUAAUGUUUGCGAUUUUGAAUCACACGUGUAUUUUAUCAACAUGAAGUGUACCUUCAAAUAACGUGAUAUGAAAUGACCCUGUCAUCAUGUAAACGCGAUAGGAAAUCAAAAAGGUCAUUCUGGGAUGAAACUCGCGCUGGUGUGAGUUUUCUCAUGUAAACACCCCCUAAUACCUUGAGAAAAAUGACGCAAGUAAAAAGAAUGGGGAGGGGUUGGGGAAGAAAGAAGGAAACGCUAGCAGACAAACCCCGGGAUUUUGAAAAGUGCCCACUUGGCCUUUCAUGCCUGACUGCACUCACUGACAUUUGAUGCUGUCAUCAGCUGUCAUAAAUUGACCAAUAAAAUGUUUGGCCUUCCAAUAUUUAUCAGUCACACAGUCAAUUCCUACAAGCAAUGAACAAAUGAUGAAAACUAAAUUACAUACUUUUGCACGUAAACAAAUUCUGCAGAAACCAUAAAGAAACUUGUGAAAAAAUGACUGAAAUAUGGCAUUCACAUAACUAAAGCAUAAUGUAAAACCAGUUGGCCUUUGUGAAAACACAUCAUAAUUAUGUUUUCAUUCAGAUUUUUUGAUAUAUUUUUCGUUUACAACGUUAUUCAAACUAGUUGCCUCUUCUGUGUAGAAAAAAAGUAGCAGACUUCUACGAACAAAGUAGCUGAUGCGUUUUGUCGGCCGUUGGUGCCUAUUGAAACUCCUGCUGAUCUUUUGAGUUGUAUGCUAAUACAUAAGAGUUAUCUGUAUUAUAGAGGUAGCAUUGUCCACAGUAAAAAAGUGUUGAGGGCAAAAGUGUGAUAAGUGGGCCUAAGCACAAUAAAGGUCCUGUGUUACCUCUGUAAACAGCCUGACCUUAAAGUAAGAAAACUAGGUUGUGGGGGGUUGCAAGCAGUUCUGGCAAAAAACCUACUGAAUCAAUAAGCUUAGGAAUAAGCAUUGUGAAAACCUGCGAUCAUGCUCCCCCCGCCUUUUUUGAGAAGAGAGGGAAAAAAGAAUGGCUAAUACAGUUCUAUCUCAACUCGCUAACUGCCCCUGCUUUAAGUGAAGUAACAUCUGGUUGACCUGUCAUCAAGGCACGUAAAACGUCUGUUACAGAAAAAUUUUGUGCUCAGGAAAAUCAAAACAAUAGCUAUCUUCACUUGUCGUCAUUUUUGUUUAAGUUUGGAGAUUGUGUUAACUACAUGAAUCAGGGACAUCUCAUUCAAACACCAUUUUAACAAUUGCAAGAAUCACAAUCACCCAUUGUGUCUGGUCUAGCCACAAAUAACUCAAGACUCUGGAUUUUUUUCGUGUCAUUUGGUAAAUAAAUGUUACAGGUCAAAAUUGAAUUCAGGUUAAAAUAUAGGUUGAUUGUCAAUUCCCUUUGUCUCCUAGCCCUAAUACAUGAGUAAUUAGGGCUAGAAGACCAAAGAAUUUGAGAAUCAAACCUACUCCCAUUAAGAAAUACUAAAUAUUAUUUUUAUUGCUCUAAUUUAGCACCAUAGAAGUGGAUGACUUUACAGCAAAAAUAUUUGAAAUUUAUGAGAUGACAAGAAAAGAGGGAUUAUCACAGGUACGUGUAAAAGAUUAAAGUAAAAUGCAUUAGACGAAAUAUAGCCCCUCAAAACACUGAUCCUCAAAAGGUUUGAGAGGAUUUUCUAGUCAAUUGAUCAAUAUACAAUCAAUCAAUUAAGAAAUGGUCCAGAUAAGAACGAUAGCAACAACAGCAACGAACAUGUUGGAAUGCAAAAAAGGUGCUAACUUUUCUAUUGUCUGUACUUACUUCUGAUUGGCUUAAACAGCAAAAGUUAACAAAACUUCAUAAAGCAGUACAUAUAUUCAUCCUUACUUUCCAACCAUCUUCCAUAAUUAUAACAAAAUCUGGUCUCAGUUUGAAUAACAAAGAAAUCCUAUGUGGGGAACAUGUAAAAUUGUAAACUUUUCUUGGCUACUGUUUUCAACUCUUGUGAUUGGUCAAAAUCUUUUAACACAAAAAAACACCCUUUCAAAGUGAAGUGUAAAUGCAUUUUAUUGCGUAAACGGCCUUCAUGUAGGUUUAUGCAUUCUCUGUGUAAAAAUGAGAACAUUCCUAUGUGGGGAAAGCACUGUUGCCGCAUAACAAAAGAAAUUGCUAUCCACCUUUAAUACCCGGAUCAUUACUUAAUCAGAACCUUUACUUCACAUCAAAUUUACAGUAGCAGACUUGCUGGUACUCUGAGAAAACUGCAAACAUCUGAUCAGAUAACAGUAUUAUUUAGCUUGCUAGUUGGUUUUCUUAUUUGCUAAAAUCGUAUAAUGUGUGCUUGCUUAUUAAAAAACAUUGGUUUGUCAAUUCUUGCAGCCAAUUUCCCUUGGAAUUUUACGGUCAGACUAUAUGCUAGACAAAGGAAACAAACCAGAUGAUCUUAGCAUCAAGCAGGUGGAGAUCAAUACAAUUGCCUCAUCUUUUGGUGGACUGAGUCCACAAGUGAGAGCAUUACACUCGUAAGUAGUAGUAAUACUAGUAACAGAGAGGACAGGUGUGACGUUACAUUACCAUGGUAGUAAAAUUUCUGGAUCACAACAAUAGGGAGUUUUUGCAACGGCGACGGCGAACAGCUUGAAGAAGCAAUAGGUUUAGAUUGGCAGAAAAACAAACUUGCACGUGCAUCACCCUUUUUUGUACAUUUCUUAGUCGUUGUUGCACGACUGCGACAUGAAACUUCUUAAUUUCAUGCACCUGCCUUAUGGAGUAGGCGAGCACACACAAAAAUUAAUGUUAGACUUUUUAUUUUUCUAAACUAACCAUCCUUUUGGAUUUAAGCCAGAAAAUCUUGCCAACAUUUGACAAAUUAAAUGAAAUUAAAUAAGAUCAAUGGAGUUUGAAACAGUGUGAAUCUGCCUUUUAAGUAAUGUUUUGGGUUGUUGUCAUCCAGCAAAUUUGCUAUCAUGGCAACGUGAAGUAACAACUUUUCCUCUCUAUUUUAAGUAUGUACACACUCUUGGUAGUGCUCUUAAAUUAUUCAUGCCGCGUGGGAAAUUUGCCUCAGUCAAUCAGAAUGAUAAACCUGAUCUGGUUAGUGACAUGUCAUCUGUAUUGAAUUUCUGCAUUUGUUCCUCAGAUGUCAUUUUGCAGGCAAACAGUUGGUGACAUCGCCAAAUGUCAGCUGCCUUCUCAGGCUAACUCCUCCAUUAAAUUUCCUCUGUUUUUUUUUUGUCCGUGCAAAUGCAAAUGAUUGCAGUGCCCGUCGGGUGAGGGGGCUACUCCCUAUAAUGGCCCACCUCGAAUAAGCGCCCAUCCUGAAGGUAGAAAAAUAUAAUAAGCGCCCAGCCUCGAAUAAGCACCCACCUCGAAUAAGAAUAAAUACGGUAUUUGAAGCUCAGGAUUCGGAAUUUUAAAGCAAAAUACCGGUAGAGGUAAGAUUCGAGGGAGGUUAUAAGUUUAAUGACCAUGGGGAUUUAGAGGAUUGCACUUGUGUCAGAAUGAUGUGAUUGAUGAACCCUAAACACUUUUUGUGUUAUUGACAUUUAUAUCGUCCUUUUUGAACUUAAAAAACGGCUGUUUGUUUUUAUCAUAUGUAUAUUAAUACGACAGAAUAGACUUUCAUGUAUUGUGUGGUUCCAGAAAAUAUCCAGGCCCCCACCACGGAGGGAAUUGGAAAUUCCAGGGGGGUGGGGGGGUUAGAGGCCAAGGAAAUUCCAGAAGGGAGGGGGUUGGACCAUAAAAUCACUUUCCAGGGGGUUGAUAUCAUUUCGUUUUCGACCUGUGUUCGAACAUUGCUUCUUACCGACCUGGUAGAUCAUUUUUAGGACAUAAAUAACUUGAAAUAUAUCACUUAAGCUUUUUCCUUUUGAUCUUAACCAGGUUUCCUUUCUUCCAAAAGCGUUUUGGAUGUAAUUUCAAAGGAAUUAGACCGACUACAACUCGUUUUAUCGCAUGCUCGUGUAUUCGGCCGCCAUUACUCAUUACCAGUCUCCCUCAAAACAUCAACACUUGCAACACAUCACGUUGCGUUAGUCGAUCGAUCAGUAGAGUGGCAAUUUUGCCUGACGAAGCACAAGCUAUACAUUGUAACCAUUUUAGAAAGUAGAGUUUUUAUUCUUCUUUUAAUUUUCCCUUAAUUUUGUGGUUGAAGGUGUGGCAUGUUCAUGAUCGAAUCCUCGCUGAAAUGCUGUCGAUUUCACCAAACAUUUAUAUGGCCAUCGCGCAUCAUGUCGCAUCAGUCGAUCGAAAAACAGUAAAUUGAACUUGGUUUCCCUUCAAGAUGCACGGGGUAUUCAUUGUUAUCAUUUCAGAGUUCAGAGUUUUUAUUCUUCUCUUUGUUUUGCAUUAAUUUUGUGGUCGUAAGUUUGACUUGUUCUGCAUUCCCGCACGAAAUGGCGUUAAUUUUAUCAACAUUACGCCCAUGAAGACGAAUAGCAAAUCGUAAGCUUGCCCUGAUUAAGGUAAAUUCACAAAUGUAACCGACUUGUUAACUUUCUCUGUUUCAUUUAAAGUAAGAGAUGAGCAAAAAUUGCGGAUCAGGUUACUUUGUGGUGGUGUAGUGUGUUUUAAUGUUCGAUAUCACUCAAAUAAAUGGAAACAGAAGCAUACUAGCUUCUGAUGGAAACCGUUGCGUACGAACCAUAAAUUGCCUCAUUCUUCUACUUUAAUAGUCUUUCUUCGUGAAAAUGAACUUCUCCAGAGGGGUUGGGGGGUCUUUGUCACACUUGUGGAAAUUCCGAGGGGGUGGGGGGGUCAUCAGUUCCCUGCAAAAAUGGAAAAUCCAGGAAGGUGGGGGGGUCCUAAGUGAAAUUCCCUCCGUGGUGGGGGUCUGGAUAUUUUCUGGAACUACACAUUAUUGUUUGCUUAUACUUGCUGUUAAAAAAUAUUUCUGCAAAAAUGUUUAAUGAAUUUGGAAGAAAGACAAUGAAAGCAUGAUUCAUUAUAAAAGAUUGAAUGUUUUUUAUGAUGAUAUACUUUCAAUAACCACGUUAAUUAGAAGUAUGUUUUCUGGUAAUGAUGAGCAAAAGGUGUAAUAUUGUCUGUUAUUUACAGGUUCUUAUCAGAUCUUCAGAAUGAACAUGACCCAAGUAAAAAAGACAAGGUAACUUCACAUACAUAAUUAUACAUCUAUAAAGCGAAAUAUUUGAGAUUUUUCCUGUCUUUUACAAAUGCAGCUGAUUUCGUAUUACAAGUGCGGGUUCAGGGAAAUUGGCCGUGGAACUGCGAGAGCAAAUUCCAGUGGAGCUGGCUUCGUCGGCUCCGAUCCACUGCCGAGAUUUUCCUUGAUCUCGUGCAAGUAAGCCCGCUCCAGGCUAAUUAGCCAUAAUUUGGCAUAAUGAUGUCUUUUUACCCUACUUCUAAGACCAGCAUUCAUUUUGUUUUUCUUGCAUGUUUAAAUUUAGUAAUGCCAGCAAGGUUUAAAUAACAAAAGCCUUAAUUUGAACAAGAAAGUAAAACCCUGUUCAAAGGAUUCUGGUAGUAAUAAAAUGAAGCCAUUUUGAAAAUGGCCUAUUAGAAACUGCAUGGUGAGGGAUGGAUGGAACUUUUUGUUGGAGUAGUGGGAUGGAGGAACCGAAAUCAGGGACCCUCUGAGAUGCCUCUCGGCAGCUCUAAAUGAAGCAGGCUUAACCCUUUAACCCUGUAAGUCCUAAGAGUGAUCAGCAGGAAAUUUCUCCUUACUAUAUGAAUUCUUUAGAAAACAGAGUGUUCAUGAGAAUUGAGUACAUGAUCAGGGAAGACGAGUCUAAUAAUAUUGUUAUUUCCACAAAUUCUCCCCACUACUUCUAUUGAAAAAGUAUAGGGACAGUGAAUGGGAAUCUCAAUUUUGAUAUUAGGGUUCAGCCUUUGAUAUUAGGGCCUCAGCGUCUAAUUUCUCCUUAACAAUAGCAAUGCCUGAUCAAACGUACAGGUCAUGAGAGUGAAUGAAUAGACAUUUUUACUGAUACUUUGGCCACAUUGAAUUUAUUAGAUUUAAGGAGUAUUAUGGGAUGCCCAGGGGCAUGACUAAAAUCCAAUAUACUCGCUCAGUAUUUAGGCUUGCUUUUCGGGCCAAUUUUUCUUUAAGUUUUCCUAGAAAAAUAUUGUGAUGGAAAAAAAAAGAUUUUUGUGCUGUGUUUUGACGUAAUAACGAUGGCCUUUUUUCCGAGAAAUAUACAGUAAAGUUCUCUUUUUCUGCGAAAAUCAUACACAAAUACUGAGCGAGUGCCCCCUGGGCAUCCCAUAAUACUCCUUAAAUCUAAUAAAUUCAAUAUGGCAGCCGCAUUAGUAAAAAGGUCUAUUGAUCAACAAAGAUCAAAUGUUUUGAUGUUUGAACAAAUUCUCUCAAGCAGUACCAUAUGAAAUGUAUGGAUUACAGUGAUGAGAGUGUGCCUGUUGGUAUUGGUGCUUAAAGGGUUAACGGGCCAAACUUCUCUUUCCAGCUUCCCGUAAAUACGUCGUGUUUGGGUGUGGCUGCAGGACUAGUAGAUGCAUGGAAGUAUUAUGGAAAUGAAAGGUUUGUGAAAACUGUUUUGAUGAUUGAUCUUUCUUUAUAAGGUCAUAUGAAUACAGUGGUUGUUAUAUGAUACAUUACACUGCCACUAAGAAACUCUGGGCGUCGUAGAGAGUUUUGGAAGGGUUUAUAAAUACUGAAAUGCCCUGACAUGAUUCCCAUCAAAUUUGUCAAACUUGUUGCGGAUAGUUGGACCUCUGACCGCCAUUAUUAACUACUGACUAUAUCAGGAAAUCGUUCCUUCCAAAUGCAUGGAAACAGGCAAGAUCAGUCCCAUACUCAAAGUAGAUCUGUCUAUAGCUGAGGGACACUUUAAACCAAUAUCUAUCCUCCCAGCUCUAAAGUUUUUGAAAGGAUUGUUGCGAAACACAUAAAUGUCUACUGCGAACUGGAAGCUACUCUCAAUUACAAUUUAUCUGGUUUCCACAAAGGGCACUCUAUAUGUGACGAUCUACUCGAGCAUUAAAAAGGUGAAGUUACACUGGCGGUUUUCGCCGACUUUUCGAAGGCAUUCGACACAGUUCGGUACAAGACACUGAUAACAACGCUAUUUCCCCUUGGUUUCUCGAAGAACUUUCUCAGAUGGCUGGCUAGCUAUCUUAGUAAUCGUUUUCACUUUGUUCAGAUAGAUGACCAGAUGUCAGAUAAUGCUCGCGUGCGUUUGGUGUCCCUGAGAAGUCAAUUCUUGGGCCAAUGCUUUUUAACCUUUACGUCUCUGAUCUACAAGAUAACCUUCCAAAUUCAGUUACCACUUUUCAGUAUGCAGAUGACACUACAAUUUAUCAAAGCUGCCGCAUUACUAAUCUUACUGAAUCCACAGAGAAUUUGAACAGUGCUCUUAAAGCUCUAAGCUUGUGGUCUUCUCUCUCACAUCUGGCGCUCAAUCCGACGAAAACAAAAUCUACUCUGCUCUCUACCAGCUAAAUGGCUUGUGUUCAUUGCUUGCGUGAGAUUAGUUUAGACCUUCAGAUUUCAGAAAGAGGACUGGAACGCGUCGAGCAGACCAAACUACUCGGUCUGCAUUUACAGGAGCAUCGUAACUAGGAUCAACAUUGUUAAGACGUGCUAUAGUCCACUUAGUGUCUUACGAAAGAUAAAGAACUUUGCCGAGUCUAGUCUUAGGAACUUUACUUAGCUCAAGCAUUAGCAUUAGAUUAUUGUGAUACUGUAUUUUACCCUUUACCUGAUUUCCUGUUGAAACGCUUGCAACGAUUUCAGUUCGCUGCAGCAAGCUUUGUCAUGGAACGAUACGUUCGGGAACGCGAAGAUAUUCUUAAACUUGGAUAAUUACCAAUGAGAGAACGGAGGGACUUUUGCUUGCUCAAAUUAGUGCAUAAGGCGCUCUAUAUGAAUAACUGGCCGUCAUACUUGAGAAUCAAUCAAGUAACCUAGUCUGCGUACAUUACGUUCCAGCUCUGCCACUAGGCUUUCAAUUCCACUCGGAAAGGGCACCUUUCAGGACUCUGGUGCACAGCUUUUGAAUAGCCUUCUUGAUCAUCUCGAGAUGUGCGGUGACUUUAAUUUUUAUUUUAGGGGGGUUAAAUCGUUUCUUUUAUCUCGAUAAAUUUUGGGAUUUUUUUUUUAUUUUCACUUACUUUCAUUUCAUUUCUUUUCUUUUCUUUUGUCAUUUUUAUCUGUUGUAACUAUUUUUGUCUAUUGUGUAUGAUUAACACAUUGUAAAUAUUUUUACCCCUAGUUAAUUGAAUUUAUAUAGGUAUAACAGAUGAAGAGCCACUCUGUGGAAAUACUGUUAUGAAACCGUUUAUUUGAAUAGAAGGGCUUAAUCGGAGGGGGCUUAUAACCGGGAUAGAAAAAGUGCAUCGAAGCAAGCUACAGCAUUGCUGAUCAAAAUAUGUUUUGGGUUUACUGGUAUUUCAAUUAUUUAUAAGCUUCAAAUUAAAAUUUGAUUUCAACCUAGCUAACUCGUUGGAGGUUAAACUUUCAAGCCUUCAGAAAAAUUAAUAAGGAGUUAAUUUUAAACCCGUGUAGACUGCGAGCAGUCCUUAAUCUCUCUUCACUUCUUACCUUAAUCAAAUUUACAUAGUUUUACAUUUCGCACGCUGCCUCUGGCUCUGAGGAAAGAAGAACGACUUCUUGUGGUCCCGGGGGGGAUACUUAAAUUAAUUUUUGCUGGGUGUGUGCAGCUGGCCUCUCAGAAUCCCUACCCCAUUAUAGUUCAUUUUGUGGCCAAUUAUAGACCCCAUCUUGGUCACUUUUGGGCAAAUAUGUAAUUUUCGCGAUCCCAACUUAGUCACUUUCUAUUUAUGUAUCUACCUUAUACUGAAUGAAGAAUACUUUACUUUUCACACACAGUACAAAUAUUCUGGUACGUUUGCUAACCCUAAGUAUAUGAAGAACUGUCUUACCCCCCCAAAAACAGAAAAUGUGCUACCCCAUUCUAGUAACUCUAUUAAAAAUGCGACCCCAUCCAGCGGCACAUCCCCAUUAUUCUCUUAUAAGGAAGUACCCCCCCCCCCCCCGGUCGCGGCCCAGCCUGUGUUUUGGGACUUAGUCUUGUAUGAGUUGAUUGUCAUUCUUGUUGCAUUAACAGGGCUGUAGCAAUGAUUGUAGUGUCAGAAGAUGAGCGGAACAGAUUUGACCAAAGAUGGGUUCAGCAUCUCAUGCGAGAACAGUAAGUUGCAGGGUAUCCCACAAUUAAUUAAGUGAUUCUAUUCAUCCAUUUUGCGGCUGAGUUUUAUCUUUGGAUUUAAUUUCAUUUUCCUUUAUUUCAAACUCAUUAUCAUACAUUACCUAAUGUUCUUCUUAUCAGGCGGUAAUCGGUAAAUUUUGCCGCUAAGAUUACCAUGCCUAAAAUCUGGGCAAAUAAAGUCUUAAACAGGGAUAAACUUUAGGCACAACGUCUACACGUAAAUCUCAUGCCCACAAUGUUUGACUUUCUACUAAAGACUACCCAUGAAAAGGACGGAAAAAAAAUAGCCAGGGGUCUUUUCGAUUUUAUGAAGCAAAGUCCCGGAAACCAUGACCCUUUAGGGGCCUCGUCCACACUAUCCAGAUAUUUUUGUAAUCGGGGAGUUUUUUUCUCCGUUUUAGCCGUGUGCUACCUAACUUCCUAACUAAAAUAUACAAUUUGAUAUGGCAGGAGGGUUAAUAGAAAAAUCACCUGUGCUUUUUAGAGUCCAUAUUGCAUUUGUUUUUAAUUAGUAUCUUAGUUAUAGAUGUAGGGCAUUUUCACAUGACGUUACGUCUGGCAUAUUGCUGUCCCAAAACAGUAAAACGGCGACCAUGUUGGUGUCUCAAAGGGACAAAGGGAGUUAAACCUUUCUCUCGUGUAAAAAUAUUCUUUUGCUCCGUGAAUUUCCAUAGCUGCUGGCCACGUGAUUGAAAAGGCUUUGUUGGUCAUUUGCGCAGCUUGGGACUUGGUCAGAGUUGUGUUGGAUUACACUACGAGAGUGUUUUGAGGGACGACUGUUUACCCCGUUUCCCGGGCAACCUCGUGAUGUGAUAGCAUACCUCCAAAGGUCUCAUUCGCCAUAUUCACAUCUCCCAUAAUACGCAUUUUUUGCCACUCCCCCCACCCUCCUUGCUCCAAAAAACGUUUUGCAUAACGUUUGUUCUUAAUUUCUCGGAUCAAUUUAGGUUUCUGGGAAACUGCCCACCUACCCCUCCCCAAUUAUUAAGGUUAGCUUAGGGAAGGGGUAGGUGGACAGUUUCCCAGAAACCUAAAUUUAUUUAAUUUCUCCUGGGUAUUUACAGUGGUUCCAAUGAAAUUGAAGACAAUGCUUAUGCAAAAUUUUGGGGGACAAACAAGGUGGAUUGUGGGAGUUUUGCAAAUGGCGAGUGGUGCAAAUUUUUCGACUCAACAUCGUGCCAGUCUCUCUCUGUAACGGCGCCUCCAAACAAAGAAUUGUAGAAUACAACGGUCCUAUUUUUUUGUUGUGAAGUGAACCAGUAUCUGCUAAAUAAUUGUUAUGCAGUCAACGAUGCGAUUUAGAACUUGCAACGCGAUGGGAUGUAGAGGUGUGCAUUUCAGAACUUCAACAAAAUCGAUCUAUCAUGUUACUCUUAUCUUUCUGUGUGGGAUUUAUUGGUAGAUGCAUGAAAUAUGCAUGUGCAUGAUCGUAUGCAAACUGAAUUGUUUUCAACUUCCCUUUUUACUUUUUAGUGAUCCCCGUGCCCAUCUUAUUAGGAAGACUUUUAAUGAGAUCAAUUCUAAAGGACAGCUGAAAGAGGACAAGACACUUAUUGUGUAAGUACACAAGCGUUGUUGGCCGAAGCCUCGUUAGCCACGUUGAGUGCACUCGAUGUAUGUUUAACAUCUAUGCGAGAUGCUGGUUAUUUGGGGUGUUCCCUCGAUCAUUAGCGUCCAGUGCACUCGGGAGAUUUGACGUCUUGUGGCUAACCUAUCCUUCUGUCUGACAUAUACGAAUCACCCGCUGCCCGGUGCUUAGAGCGUGUCCAACUAGUAAUUGAAGUGUGGUGGGUUCGGGUGUCGGGUUUCAUUUCCGAGCAUUUCUGCUUAUGCCACAUUAUACACAUACCUACUUCAGUUUCAUCGCAUUGGGCUGUUGAUCGGCUAAUUUACACUCAACCUUUAAGUUCCAAUAGUAACCAACAUCAAUUUUCUCCCAACGAUAUCCAUAGAUUGUCAAAAGCAAAGUCUAUGAGAAUUAACAAAAUGAUCACAAAGAGAAAAAUCUUUGAUCUUUUAUCAAAUUCUCUCAACUAAUUCUUUAAGGAAAUAUAUAGAGAUCAGUCUGGAGAAUUUGUACGUGGAUAUUAGGUCUUAAAGGGUUAGAAGCUUUAAAUAUUAUUAUUAUUUUUUAUUUGAACCGGUUUGAACGUACACCUCGCAUGGGACUUGAGUCCCGUUCGUACACAUUCCCUCUGGGCUGACCUGUGUCCAGAAAAGCUGAUAAAUAUUAUUCUGUUUAUUCAGUGUUUGGUUGAUCGCUUUGGUUAGCACUCUUCUUAUCAGGAAACAAUGGAAAUAAAAGAGGAAGGCAAAAUACUCGUUAAUCACGUAAAGCCGUUUGGAAAACUAACAUGCCAAAGUUCUAACAAAUUCUUCAAAAUGACUGGGUGCUUUUCCUUCAAGUUUAACUCUAGGCCCAGUUGUUCGAAGGCCGAUUAGCGCUUAAGCAUUUUCUCGGAAAUUUUUUCUUUCAUUUUUAAGAGCAUCCAAUCACCAACUUGUUGACAAAAAAAAUUAAACGGAAUUUACUUUUUAAGCUUUCCUAUCUGAAUUCAAAUUUUGCACUAACCCUGGACAGUGCUGAAAUGUGUUUAAUCACAUGCGAUUUCAUUUGUAGACAGUAACCAUUUCUUGCUUUUUUCAGGGACGGAUAUGAAAUUGCUGUUGUGUACUUCAGGAAUGGCUAUGAUCCACAUCAGUACUCCUCAGAAAAUGUAUGUUGAAAGGGGAAAUGCAUCUUAGAUUAAGAUCUACUCACCUUAAACCAAGCCUUAAAUCGGAGCUGCGGUAAAAUUCAAACUUUUUCUUUGAAACGACAACAACAGCAAAAUGUAAUUAUCCUGAAGAAAUUCAUUUCUUCUACCUAGUCAUGACUUACUGAUACUACCAUCGUAGUAAUUGAUAGUAGACUUUCAUUUCCUUCCAAAAGUGAUGAUUAGUACUUUUCUUGUUUUACUUAAAGAACAAACGCAAAAAAGUUUGUAAACUUAAGCCCGUGAUCCAAUGAAAAGCUGUCAACUGGUCGGCAGGAAUAUACUUAACCUGACAACCUAACACGAUCUGAAGAAUAGAUACCUGUGGUACACCUCUAUUUAUAUUAAGGAUCACUGUGCCAUUCUUUUCUUCACCUCACCAUUAAAACUCAGCGACUUAAAAAGCAUGGAAGAAGUGUCGCGACGUAAUGCACUGACUAAUGAAUUACAUGGUUCAGUAAACAGUUUUUCUUUCUUUUUGUACAUGGUUUUAUGCAUUUUGAGCGUCCCAAUGCUGAUGCUUUGAAUUUUACACAACAUAGGAUUGGAAUGCUCGUCUUAUGAUGGAAAGAUCCCGAGCGAUUAAAUGUCCCUCUGCAGCUCUUCACCUCGCUGGUACAAAGAAAGUUCAACAAGUGUUGGCUUCGCCUGGAGUCCUGGAAAGGUACUUUAAGGCUCAAUGCCUUCAUUUAUUUUAUUUUGUUUUAUUUUAUUAGCUUCGCCUAUCACAUGAUACAGAGAGAAAAAGAAAAGAAAAGGAAUGAAUAGAUACUGAAACAAAGAAUAAUACAUGUUUAUAUAACUAGGAAGGGAUACCACAACAGCGGUAAGACAGUUACAGUGGUCCCAUUUGUCCUGAUUAGCCCUUUUUUCUGAAGACCUUUAGCCAAAUCUGCCGACACCAUUGGCCGAUCUUCCCUACGCUAUAUGUAUUUUUUCGUAUCGCUUUUAUCCUUUGGCUUAAAAUGUCUGACUAGGUUGGCCAAAACUUGACGAAUAUUCAUGCCACACCAAGGCUCCUAAAGUUGGCCGUUCAGUCCUCAAAAGUACUUUUAUGACCUAUGUUGUACUUCUUAGUUUUCCUUAACGCUGAGAAAAUAUUGACAUCUCACUUGAAAUCUUCCAGUUUUUCGUCACACGAAAGGUUCCAGCUAAGUUAUUAUUCAUGUCAACGUUUCUCAAGAACUUGCACAAGUUUUUGUUUAAUUUUUUAGAAAGCAAAGCAAAGGCUUCAUGAUGAGCCUCAUGGCCAGCAGUGCAGGGCCGUUCAAAUUUGUGUGCUUUUUUAUUAUUUCAUUGCAACAGGUUUAUUUCAGAUGAGGAAGUCCUCAACAGGAUACGAAGCACAUUCACUGGACUUUACACACUUGACGAGGUCAGAAUAAUUUUGAAAUCCAAAUCUCCGUAUGCCCGUUGAUUUAUACCUGGUAAGCUAGAUCUUUGUUAUUUCGGAAGAUCUGGCCCAUUGCCCAUUUGUGCAUUUCGUAUAAUAUACCUUGUGUACCCUCCAAAAUUUCGCAUAACCAUUGUUUCCAAUUUAUUCUCAAACUUAUUAAUAGUUCAUAAAGAAAAUACAAGGGAUAUUAAUGUUUAAUGAGUGUUUGGAAAUCAGAUGAAAACCUGGUCAUUUUUGCAGCCUUAAUUUCUUUUUCUACAAUGAUUUUGUUUGAGAUGUAAUAUCAAGCAUUCGACACAGUGUUUCAUCUCCAGAUGAAUCACCUCGAGGUUCGUCAAAAAUACUCCGCUACGCGUCGUAUUUUACACUCUCUUCACGGUGUUUCAUCUGGUGAUGAAACACUGCGUCUCAUGCUUGAUAUAUUACUUCAUAGUCAUCCUAAAGAACUUGAAUUGAAGACAAUGCCCAUACCAUUAUGGGCAAUGUGUAAAUGGUAAAUGAGGAAUUGACAUCGAAAUGGUCUAGGACCUGAAAUUGUUUUUUUUUUUGCAACAAGCUGGUAAGUCCUGGUCAUUUACAGUGCGACUUGAUGAACAGCCUCGGGCCACUUAUCCAAGCUGUUUGAGCCGAAGAGCUGCUUUUAGAAAUCAAACUGGCGUAAAUACCUUGGAAUAGUUUGUUCAUUUUCUGUAGUCCACUUGGUUAGUUUCUUUAAGAGCCCCGUUUGCUGUAGCUGUUCCUUAAAUACCUGAAACAGUAAAAGGACAAAAACUACUAGCAAUAAAGUAGAACUGCUGUCGAUAUGCAGGCAUCUUUCCGUUUAUUCGCUGGACUUUAAGUUUGUUUGUUUGUUACUUUUCUAGGGACCAGAGGGAGACAAAACAGUGGAGAUGGCCAUAGCAGAUCCUGACAGAUUCGUCCUGAAGCCACAACUGGAAGGAGGAGGUAUUUAAAAGCACUUUAAAAGAAUUUGAAAGUUUUUAUUCAGCAAGCACAACUUAUUGCACCUCUGUGGGGUUAUUUUCUUUGCAGCUGAUGGGCAUUUCCUGCAUACCCUUCGCCCCCUAUUCAAUGUUAAGAUAUAAUAGAACAAGUUCACCACACAAACACUCAAGUUUUAUUCUACAUUGGGCCAGAGGGAAGUGGGAACAAGGAAAAAAGAAGUAAAAAUUACAGUUUUUACGUUUUACUCCGUUUCACUUUCAAUACCCGGGGAAACGAAAGAAAUAAAACAGUUAACAUUUUGACUUUGCUCAGGAGUCAGUACCAUGGCGAAAAUAUGCCGUCACCUUUCUUGAUCUGUCUUGAAGAUUGUCAGUUACACUAAGAGCUCCAAUUAAAGACCUUUCUAAACCAGACGCUUCAUUCCCAUUAAGGUAGAUUUUUUUCUCGGAGAGUUUGAGGCUUACCUGACAUACGAGUUUCGAAACCCUUUUCCCUCUUCAGGAUUCCAGGGGCUUAGUCCAAUAAUAGUUCGGGACGGACAUCCUAUAAUUUUUCUAACCCACCCAGGUAUCUCUUACGUAUAUAAAAUCUUUGAAUAUCUUGAAUUGAAGGCUGCAAGCGAUGCCAACGUAGUAAGGGAAAUUAAAAGCACUAAACAGUGCAGUUCUUCUUUGGUUCACGUUCUUUUGUGGUAAAUUUUUUAGGAUCAAUUUUGGUUUCUGGGAAUCUGCCCACCUACCCCUCCCCUAACGCAACGUUUACGUUUGUGUCUCACUUGGGGCAAAAUGUUGGGUUAAGGGAGGGGUAGGUAUCACAAAGACCUAGACCACGCCCAGAUUGGUCUCCUUUUUUCAAUUUUUUCCACUAGCAUACCCGUCCUUUAAAUAGUUAAGCUGCUGCCCAAAAGUAUUGCUCACUGCAGGAAUGAGUUGAAAGAGGUCUGUCCAUUGCGAACUAAAAAUAUGUCCCUCACCCUGGUAAGCGAAAGAUUGGGGAUAGUCCAAUUGAUACGAAUAGAGUCCAUUGGAAGUACCAAUAAUAUCAAUCAGAGGGUACCAAUAAGAACAGUGCGGUCCUUUGUAGCAGUGGUACGAUUGGCACAAUUGGACUGGGAUGCCAGGCCUUUGGUACUGAUUGGUGACAUAGAUCUCGUUAAGGAAGCUAAGGAUUAUUCCCAUGUUGCCUGCCCGGGUAUAAGGGGGACCCUGUGUACCAAAGGAAGGAAUGGCAUUGAUGGUCAGGGCUGUCAGUCGUUUGGCACUAACUUGUGAAUGCUUUUCACUAAGAAAGCUUAGUAAUUUCCUUUUUCGUCUGGCUGGUUAUGGCAGUCCAUUGGUACCAGUGGUACGAUUGGUACCAUUGGACAGGCAUGUUAGUCAAUUGUUACCAAGCUUUGUCUUUUCUCCCCAACAGGACAUAACAUAUUCGGUGAAGACAUCGUGAAGACUCUCAAAAAUACUACGAACGUGAAGGAACGAUCAAAAUACAUUUUAAUGGACAAAAUUCAGCCUCCCGUGACAAAGAAUUACAUAGUGCGCGCCGAACUUCCUAAACCGGUCUUAGCAGAUGUUAUCAGCGAACUUGGAUUUUUUGGAAUUCUGAUCAGGUAUGUAAUUGAAUACUAUUAAUUUAGGUUAUUAAACGAACCAGUGAAGUAAAAAUAACAUUUUAUUUGAGGAGUAUUAACCGUGCAACUUGACAACUCGUUAAAUACUUCUUGUUGUCAGUUGUUGUGUCCCAUGGAAAAUAAUGGUCGAGUACAUUUGUUGAAAGGGGACAUAAUUUUAUGUCGGGUUUAUCCGGAGACUUGCUCCGCUGAGUGUUGAUUGGUGCACUUUUUAAUGGAAUUAGCUUAGGAAUUGAACAAACUAGCAUCUGAUGAAUUAAAUUUUAAACCUAACCAUAACAGAACACAAAUAUGUGAGACAAUAUUGCGAGGAAUUGCUCAACACGAUACGAAAAUAAUCUGUGGUCCUCAACUUAACCCUAAACGUAAAACGCGGGUUUCUGUUUCACGCAUCGGGGUGAGGGAAGCUGAACAAAUGGGUGUUUGAGAGAGUGCAAACGUGUUUUGGACUGGAAACUGGAAAACGCGACAAAAUGUUAUCUUGGUCACCCUAAGGUUUACUUAAAAAAAUCUGCCCUGUCACGUCACUUCAUCCUUAAUGACUGUCUUAAGAAUAUCACAGUUACCCAAAGUGGCCUCUGGGGAGCCUAUUGUUGUCUUCUUUCUUGUUUCCUCUCAAACCUUUUAUCAGCCUGGUAAGUUGGCUAACCAGGUGACAACACUUACUCUUUCCUCGAAUGGAGUUUUCAAACACUAUCCUGACUUUCGUCUGCCGUGUUUCCAUCAACUUUGCAUGGUAAUCUUUGUUUCUUAACGAUACUCGACUGGCUUUCCACUCUUUCAAAUUACCACUUGUAAUGAGUAAUGUACACAAGUGAUUCUAAUAAAACGUAAGCGGUGGUGAUUGAAAAAAUUCGAAGCGAGCAAUGGAGCAUAAAUUCACCAUUUUCUCAGCUUGCGAGCUAAGUCGAAAAAUAAAAUGUUGCUGAUUUAAAAUACGGGGAUAUUUCUUUACGCUAAUUAUUGGUUGUUGUUGUUAGUCGAGGUGAUGAAAUACUGGUGAACAGAGAGGUUGGUCAUCUAAUGAGGACCAAGAGUAUUGACCAUAACGAUGGAGGGGUAUGUUCUGGAAGGGCCAAUCUGGAUAGCCCCUAUCUGGUAUAACACUUAAGCUCACUAAUUUGGACCAAGCAUAUUGCCUAUGACGAUGGAGGGGUUUAUUCUGAAAGGGCCAAUCUGGAUAGCCCAUAUUUGGUAUAACACAUUUGCGCACUAUGUUGGACCAAGAGUAUUGACCAUGACGAUACAGAGAUGUGUUCUGGAAGGGCCAAUUUGGAUAGCCCCUAUUUGGUAUAACACCUACGCAAACUGUUUUGGGACCAAAAGUAUUGCGGAUCAUCAGAAGAAGGGGUAAAUUCAAGAGGGGCCAAUCUAGAUAGUUUUCAUCUGGUGUAGUAUUUUAGCAGGAUUUAAAUGACCUUCUUGGCCAAUUUGGUUAGCUCCCAUUUGGUAUAUCAACCUUAGCACAACAUGUGAGAUCAUAAGAGUAUUUACCAUAAAGAUGGACGAGUGUGAUCAGGAAAGACCGAUCUGGAAAGCCCUUGCGUGACAUAACAACACCUUAACACAUCAUUUGAGAAUUCAUUAUUUUAGACAACCUGUAUGGUGACAGCUCCAAAAUGUUGAAAACAUCCUUACAAUCAUAACUUCUUAAUCUUAAUCAAAACAUACGCGCUUGAUGAAACUUUACAAAUGUUCAAAAAUCUUUGGAAGAACUUGGGGUCAUGUUGGGAAAUCAUUGUUGGAAAGUUAUUGAGCAGAUUUCCGAAAUCUAUCAUAAAAAUAUUAAAAAGAAUAUUUUUAAUCAUUUUCGGUACCUUGCCGGUCAACUUUGUCUUCUUAAUACUCAGUAGGAUAUUUUGGAAAUGCUCAGAAUCCCUUUGCAAGUACAUUAUAGCUUCUGGAACCUUGCAAAGCACGGGUCGCGUUUUAUGAGGUUUUUGUUCUGGGCUGGGUGUUAAAUAGCAAUAAGAAAUAGAAAAGAGAUAAAUCAAUCAAUCCAUAUGAUGGGUAAAAAAGAAGUCGUUAGUGUACAAACUAAUCAAUGGUUUUUUCAAAUUCUAUGUGUUUUACUAAUAUAUUUGAUGUUCGCCCCUCUAAUCUUAGAAAUUUGCCAAUAAUCUAAUCUGAGUAUUCCCAGACUUAAGUUGUGAGAGUUGUAGUUAUAAUUUAUUGUACCAUCCUCAGCAGGGAAAAAGCUCUUUGUUUGGGUUAAGUCUCCGAACGGGAUUACGCUCGUAAUUAUAAUGACCUUCCUUCAAAUAACGUACAAAUCAUUCAUUUAAUUAGUAAUUUGCUGUUGUUAUAAAAUAUUUACAAUUAUUGUAUGGUUAGGUUUUUGUGAGUAGCAUUUUACCAGUGCAUGAUUUUGUUCAAAUUUACCACGGCUCUAGACCAACGUUUUUAACUUACAACUGAUUAAAUAAAG